CACACUUACACGUUACGUUAAGCUGCGUUCUCAACGAGUGGUAAAUAUGGAGUUCGACAUAUCUUUUGACUUCUCUUACAAUAGUACUGACAACAUCUCUGAGGAGUCGGGAGACUUUGACAUGGACGGCGAGGAGCCAUGUGACAGAGUGGUGAGAAACCACUUCAACAAGAUCUUCCUCCCAACAGUUUACGGAAUUAUAUUCGUCCUGGGAAUCAUUGGCAAUGGAUUAGUCAUCGUGGUCAUGGGUUAUCAGAAGAAGGUGAAAACAAUGACGGACAAGUACCGGCUCCAUCUCUCCGUGGCGGACCUCCUGUUGGUCCUCACGCUGCCCUUCUGGGCUGUGGAUGCAGCAAAAACCUGGUACUUUGGGAGUUUCCUCUGUGUGUCGGUGCACAUGAUCUACACAGUGAACCUGUACAGCAGCGUGUUGAUCCUGGCUUUCAUCAGUCUAGACCGAUACUUGGCAGUUGUGCGGGCCACCAACAGCCAAGCCACAAGGAAGCUGCUUGCGAGCAGAGUGAUCUAUGUGGGGGUGUGGCUGCCUGCAGCUCUGCUGACUGUACCUGACCUGGUGUUUGCCAGGCUGCAAAAUAGGGAGUCAUCAAACUUCCCCUUUUUAAACGAAAGCAUGGAGUCGACAGACUCCAGGAUAGUCUGCCAGCACAUCUACCCGAUAGAAGACAGUCGCAAAUGGACAGUUGGUUUCCGCUUCCAGCACAUCAUAGUGGGCUUCAUACUGCCCGGUCUGGUCAUCCUCAUCUGCUACUGCAUCAUCAUCUCCAAGCUGUCGCAAGGCUCCAAGGGCCAGGCUCUGAAGAGGAAAGCGGUGAAGACCACGAUCAUCCUCAUGGUUUGUUUUUUCUCCUGCUGGCUGCCCUACUGUGUUGGCAUCUUUUUGGACAACCUGAUGAUGCUGAAAGUGAUUUCUUCCCCUUGUCAACUGCAACAUGCGGUGGAGACGUGGAUUUCUAUCACAGAGCCACUGGCCUAUUUCCACUGCUGCCUCAACCCCAUCCUCUAUGCUUUCCUGGGAGUUAAGUUCAAGACAUCAGCCAGGAGUGUACUGACAGCCAGCAGCAGAUCAAGUCAGAAAGUAACUCUGAUGACCAAAAAGCGAGGGCCAAUUUCCUCUGUCUCAACUGAGUCUGAGUCCUCAAGUGUUUUGUCAAGUUAACAACGAGUCAAACUGCCUUUAUACUCUCAGGAGUACAAAAAAAACUAAGCUUCAAUUUCAAAGAACUUACUACAUUUUGUACAGAUGAAAAAAAAGAAAAGAAAAGAAGAGUUGUAUACUUUUUGAUUUGUUCGCAAUUGUGUUGUCAUUGCAAUUUGUGCAAGUUUGAUGUUCCUCAAAGCAGAUAGUGUCCGCAGGCAGUGCCUCAUUUCCAUUCACUUAGCUUUACAAAUUAAAAUCUAUUUUCUCUGUUUUCAUCUUUACAAUCCGCGCUGCUGUAUCAAAGCUCAGGCAUACAAUGCCCUCCUCUGUUUUCAUGGAUGGUCGCUGCUCGUAGAAACCUGUACAUAGUUUGUAGAAUGUGUGUGUUCGCACUUAGACCGUGUGAUUAUUUGAAAGCUAUUAUUUAUUGCCGUCAUUCACACUGGAUGUUUUGUUAAAGAACAACACUUUAUGCUGCUUCUCUUUUUUUUACCAUUUGUAAUCUGUUUUAUGUAAAUAAAUAAAAGAAAUCUGUGCUUUU